AUUUCGAUAUGGCUGUUGGUUGUGCGAAAGACGAAAUCAGAGAGCAGGAAGUGAGGGCGAACUACCCGAUUUCGUUUUCGCUGUCUGCGUUUUUCCAAAGAGAAUCAGGGGUACUAAGGUUGAGUUACUCAAUCCAUCCAAGAUGUAGAUGACAAUUCGGACGGAACGAUUCCAUUAUAAGGUUAGGCUUUGUGAGCUUAUUUAUGCUACUGGAGCUCGUUCUCUGCGUGACUCUUUUGAAAAUUGGCUUAUCUUUGAACUGUCAUCAUUAGCUUGCAUCCGAAUCUGAUGAUAUGCUUGCUUGAUUUAUAUCCACUUAUUUAGUAAUUCAGAUUAACUUGCUGUUGGAGAGGACUUGUCUGAAGUAAACAUCAUGUCGCUGGUUGGAAGUUCAAAAAGGAGUCCUGUAGAAUUGGUAUCUACCCUGGACUCCGAUCUCACGAUCCUAGAGAAUGAUGGGAUACCAAACGAAACACGUGAUAAGACCCUGGAUGAUAUUUCAAAUGCUCUCUCAGAAAUAAAAUACAAUUUUGAGCAAGUCGAAGGCGAGGAUACUACAGAAUUCGUGGCACAGAUCUCACAGGAAUUUUGUAAUAUAAACGUCUUCUUACAACUCAUGAAAGUCCUGGGGAAAUUAAACUUAGAGGCCCAGAAUGAUGCUGUCCACAUAAUCAGUACCCUACUCCGCCGACAAGUCGGUGCCAGAGUUCCCGUCGUAGAUUUUCUCAAAGUGAAGAAACAAGGACUUUUCAUUCUCUUAAAGAAGUAUGAAAGUCCUAACUUUGUGUUCAACGAUGGCGUAUUGCUCCGAGAAUGCAUGCGUUAUGAACCCCUUGCGGAGAAAGUGCUGUUUGCCCCCGAGUUCUUCGAACUUUUCAAAUACAUAGAGAUGCCUAAAACCGACAUUGCAGCUGAUGCAUUCGAAACAUUUAAGAUUCUUUUAACAAGACACAAGCUACUGGCUUCUAGGUUUUUGGAGAAAAAUUACGAUAGGUUUACAGAAGACUUUAGCAAUUAUUUUCUCAAAUCUGACCGUUAUGAGACGAAGAAAAAUGGAAUUGAUUUUCUUGGAGAACUAUUGCUAAACAGACAUAAUUUUGAUUUCAUGACAAGAUACAUUGGCAACGUAGAGAAUCUCGAACUCAUUAUGCAAAUGCUUAUUGAUAGGAGAAUACGAGGCAUCCAGCUAGGGGCUUUCAACGUAUUCAAGGUGUUUGUUGCGAACCCUGAGAAGACCCCGCCAGUCCAUGACCUCCUGCUAAAGAAUAAAGAUGACCUUGUGGAGUUUCUCACUGAAUUCUUCUCAUAUAGCACGGAUGAGCAAUUCAACGAUGAGAAGAGCAUUAUCAUUCAAAGCCUCAGAGCACUUCAACCUUAAGCGUCUACAUAUAGAUCACCCCCGCCCGUGUAUGUUUUUCCCCACUUACGAUAAGAACCGACUCUUUUGUAGACUUUGAAUCAGACUUCAAAUCUUCGACUUGUAUUAUUUCAGUCUUGCCUCAAUCUUUAAUUUUAAAAAAGAGAAAUUUGAAAAUUUGUUCAAGGCGGUGAGACUCCAACCUGCGUCAUUGAUCUUGAUUGCAGUAAACUCACAAUAGUGUAUGGUUUUACUGAUUGCUCCAAACCAGUCAGGCUGAUCAUUGUGUUGGAAAUGGCGAUAUACUAGUAUUCUGUUCCAUGAAUAUUCACAAGGCAUAGACUGACUAAAUGAAACCCUACUGGGUACCAUAAAUGUUAAUUAGCCCUUAUCGUAAGUGGGGGAAAAAUAUGCUCCCACAUGCUACAUUAUUAUACAUUGAACAUGUAUCAUAAUGCUAUAAAGUAAUUGGUAACGACUCAAGCAACUAACAAUGGGAUAAUCCUUGUGCUAACAAUAACUGCUGGUUCGAAUCCCAAUAUGGGCAAGAACUUAAUUGUAAAAUUUUCUCCUUUUUAUAGAAAUUGAGGUGAGACUUUGAACAAAAUAUAAGCUAAAGCCUUGUAGCCUAAUUCAAAGAGUCCAAAACAGCUACCUAGGCUACAGAAAGGAAAAAAGGCCAAAAGUUUGUUGGGAUUUUUUUUUAUUAUUACUAUCAUUCAUUUCAAAACUCCUAAAUUUGGGGGGGUUGUAAAGUUUUCUUUAAGUAAAGUUUUUUUUUGUAAAUAGUUUUGUUAAUUGCCAGAGGAGCUUCAACAUAUAUACUAUAUUGGUUGUGUUAAUCAUUGAAAAAAAAUGGGUGCUUGUUGGGAAAUAACCCUGUAUGUCAUAUUUGAUAAUGUGGGUAACUAUGUAAUCAUUGAUAAAGUUAUAGUAAUAAACUUUGAGUUCUUUAUACAUGA